AUGAGUGUGAGCAACUGGAGCAGCAGUGGAGACGAAGAAGACGGCGCCGUGUGGUCGCCCGCGCGACUCGCAGAGGAAGGCGUGGCCUACCGCGUCGUGAACGUGUUGGGCAGUGGCUUUGUGAACGACCGCAUUGACAUUCAGCGACUGGCGCUACUCGUGCGCAAUGCCGACUACGCUCCACGCAGUUUCAAUGCACUGAUAAUGCGCUUCCGAGCGCCCCGCGCGACAGUGCUCGUGUAUCGGAGCGGAAAGUUUGUGGUGAUCGGAGCCUCAAGUGUUGAAGACGCAAAAGUCGCGGCGGAGAAGUUGGUUUCGAUCUUAAAGAAAGUAUCGUUUCCAAGUGAGAGCAGUCCGUUUACGAUUUGCAACGUGGUGGGCUCGGCCGACGUAUGUUUCAAGAUACGUUUGGAAGGCUUGGCGCGGGACCAUAUCCGCUUCAGCACGUACGAGCCAGAAUUGUUUCCGGGACUCAUUUACCGCAUGUUGCGCCCGAAGUGCACCCUGUUAAUUUUUAUAUCCGGGAAAAUUGUUGUCACGGGAUGCAAGACCCCCGCAAAUGGAGAGAAGGCCGUGAGUAAAAUCUUUCCUGUUCUGCUGCAAUACCGGCUUCGUGAGGACGGCUCUACCGAGCAUAGUGACGAGGACGAAUGA